CAUCGGCCAUUUCGACUGAGCCGGCAGACCAGCCCAGAGUCGAGGCGGAGGAUCAUUGCCCUGUUCCGAGUCCGACCUUAAUCCGAAAUCGCCCGAAAAUGAGUACCGACACCAUGGUCAUGUCCUUCGCCAAGGACUUCUUGGCUGGAGGUAUUGCUGCUGCUAUCUCCAAAACAGCUGUUGCUCCCAUUGAGAGAGUGAAGCUGCUUCUUCAGGUGCAACAUGCAAGCAAACAGAUCACCGCUGACAUGCAGUACAAGGGCAUCAUGGACUGUGUGACCCGUAUCCCCAAGGAACAGGGCUUCUUGUCCUUCUGGAGAGGUAACCUUGCCAACGUCAUCAGAUACUUCCCCACUCAGGCCCUCAACUUUGCCUUCAAGGACAAGUACAAGAAGAUCUUCCUUGAUGGUGUUGACAAGCGCACCCAGUUCUGGAGAUACUUUGCUGGUAACCUGGCAUCUGGUGGUGCUGCUGGAGCCACCUCCCUGUGCUUCGUCUACCCCCUCGACUUUGCCAGAACCCGUCUUGCCGCUGAUGUUGGUAAGGCCGGAGCUGAGAGAGAGUUCUCUGGCUUGGGCAACUGCCUGGCGAAGAUCUUCAAAUCAGAUGGCCUGAAGGGUCUGUACCAGGGCUUCAAUGUCUCUGUUCAGGGCAUUAUCAUCUACAGAGCAGCCUACUUUGGCAUUUAUGACACCGCUAAGGGUAUGCUGCCCGAUCCCAAGAACACUCACAUUGUGGUCAGUUGGGCAAUUGCUCAGACUGUAACUGCUGUUGCGGGUCUUACAUCCUAUCCCUUCGACACCGUUCGUCGUCGUAUGAUGAUGCAGUCCGGACGCAAAGGAGCUGAUAUCAUGUACACUGGCACAAUCGACUGCUGGAAGAAGAUUUCACGUGAUGAGGGUGGCAAGGCCUUCUUCAAGGGAGCUUGGUCCAAUGUUCUGCGAGGCAUGGGCGGUGCCUUCGUACUGGUCUUGUAUGAUGAGUUGAAGAAAGUCCUCUAAACCUUUUCUAUGUCCACCAUAAAUGUUGUGAGGUGUCUGUAACAUAUCUUGUACAUUUGGAAGGACUGUCAAAUUCCGCCUUAUUUAUAGGGACCAACUAGUAUGUUUACUAGUUGUACUGGGGGAAUUGGUUUUUCUGUCAUUCUGGCCCCUUUUUCUUUUCCGUUUGGUUCCCCAUUCACAUUGUCAUUCCCAGGAUUAAGCAACCAUACCGGGUAUUGAAAUCCGUCAUCCAGCCGGUCUGUUUUUAGUCAUCACUUUAAUAAAGACAACCUACUGAACCUA